AUGCGAAUGCGGAAGUUGGGAGUUGAAGUGAGAAACCUACACAUUCGUGGGUGUAUUGAGUGGGGUGCAUCUCUACUGGGCCAGCUGGAGUGGUUACAUAAACUCUACUCGAUAACUCGACGCCUGAAUCCGGGCUUUGGCACGAUGCUGAACGCCGCCGCGGCAGAGAGGAACAAGGAGCCUAUUCUGUCGGUGCUCCGGGACAGCGUUAACACUGAGAGACCCCUGCAGGCUCUGGAGAUAUCCUCUGGCACCGGGCAGCAUGUCGUUCACUUUGCACAGACUUUGAGAAAUAUCACCUGGCAGCCGUCUGAGUACGACCGCCAGUCUCUUGCCAGUAUAGAAGCCUACAGGUCUCACUAUCAGCUGCACAAUGUGAAGCCUGCCGUCUACCUGGAUGCUUCUCGGCCUCAUCAGGGUUGGGCAGGGAUUCAGCCUGAAAGCCUUGACCUGGUGCUCAACAUCAACAUGAUCCAUAUUUCUCCCUUGUCCUGCACAGAGGGAUUAUUCAGAGGGGCUGGAGUGCUGCUGAAGCCACAGGGUCUUCUGUUGACAUACGGGCCAUAUGCAGUGAAUGGCCAGAUCACCCCUCAAAGCAACGUGGACUUUGACUACAGCCUAAGGCAAAGGAAUCCAGAAUGGGGACUGAAGGAUAUCUCAUUUCUCAAUUCUGUGGCACAAAAAAAUGGUUUAUUCCUAGAGAAAAUUGUGGAGAUGCCAGCAAACAACAAAUGCCUUCUCUUCAGGAAAGAGAGUUUGGUGUGAGGUUUCCCGGUGACCCAUCUCUGAGGCGAAGAAUGGUCAAAACGCCUUAAUUUCCACUUUAAUCGUUGUAUAACCUAGCACACAUUAUUUCAAUCUUAAUUGUUAUUCUAUCUAUGUCAAACUGUUGAGUACUGUACAGUUGAACACUUACAUGAAGUUUAUUUUUAUCAUCCUAGGAAAGACAAAUGUUAUAUUAGUAACUAAGCAUAAGUGCUUUUUAGAGGUAGAUAACCUAGAAUAUACAGUACAUGACUAGAGGGGCAAUACACACAAACAAGUUUUUAAGAGCACAUAAAAUAAAGUACAGUCAUACACAACAGUGACCUAUUUUAAAUAUUACAUAAUGGAAUUUACUCAACAUGAUUAAUUUGGUUAGCAGCUAUUUUAGCAGAUUUUUUUUUCAUUUGCCAUUAGAAAAUACAUGUGUCAUAAAAUAGCAUUUUAGUUCUGUAUAAAUUGUCUCACAAUAUCUUAAAUGUCAUAAAAACCUUUGUUGGACUGAAUAUAAACAACUGAUCUUCCUUACUUAAAUAAAUUGGCUGUAGUCACUUAUUUGUGAAAUAAUUAAACGUACCAUUGUGUCCCAGCAAACUUCA